UGGAUCCCGAUAAGAGAGAGAGAGAAUCCAAAGGAGUUGGGAUUUGGGAAAUCAGAAUUUCACCGCCUCACGUAGUCGCACAUUAGGCAAAAAGAUCCACCACCCUCCGUUUCUCUCUGAAGAAAAACCUCGCUUCUAAGCGAAGAAGAUAGGAAGCAAAUAAUGUCAAGCAAGAACCUCCCUGAAGACCUCAUCAUCGAUAUACUUUCAAGGCUACCAGUCAAGUCUCUUCUAAGAUUCAGGUGUGUAUCCAAACCAUGGUGUACUCUUAUAACAGAUCCUUCUUUCAUCAAAAUGCACCUCAAUCGAUCCCUUGCAAUCAAUACCAACCUCACACUCAUUUACAAAAACUCCAUUGAUUUCUACUCUGUUGACUUAGAUGCUUGGGAACUCAAUCAUCCUCUCAAAUCUCAAAUCUUCAGACCCUCACGUGUAUUGGAGGACAGGCCUAGACAUGGGUUUAUAGGUUCCUUUGACCUUACAGAUGAGGAGUAUCAAGAGAUGCCAUCGCCUGACAUUGACUAUGACUUUGCGGAGGAUAUGAUGUUUCUCAUGAAAGUUGGGGUUCUUGGAGGACAACUCUGUUUGGUCUGUAACUUCAGAUUCGGUGUUGAGAUUUGGAUGAUGAAGGAUUAUGGUGUGAGGGACUCUUGGGUGAAACCAUGGUUUUAA